UUCGAUUUCUAACUCGAUUUUGAGUUAUAAUUUUUAAUUUGGGGUGUGUUCUCGCCCCGCGGGGGCCAUGCUGCCUUCCUUCGGCUACGCCUCCCCUCACAGCGGCUUCCGCGGCACCCUCAAGGGCUGCCCGGGCGACUUCGUGGUGACGGAGCUGCCGCUGCCCCCGCGCGGCCCCAAGGAGCCGCGGGCGGAGCCGGCUCCCCUCAGAGCCCCGUCCCCCGGCGGGCAGCAGCCUGCCGCGGCGGUCCCCGAGCCGCCCGGCGACCCGGUGGCCAGCUGCCUGGGCGAGGAGGCGAGCGAGCGGCUGGCCCGCUUCGCCCGGGCGCUGAGGGAGGCGUGGGGCGGCGGGGAGCUGAGCCUGGGCAGCCUCGGGGGCAAGGCGGAGCGGGCAGGGGUGCACAGCGCCGUGAGGCAGCGGUUCCCCUUCCUCGCCACGGCCACCAGAGGCCGGGAGGUGGUGGUGAGAGGCGACGAUGGCUACCGGGAGCUGCGGCAGCUGGUCAGCGAGCGGGAGGCGAGCGGGUUCUUCAGGUUUCUGGACGCCAAGGCGGAGAACUCGACGUUCUCCUUCGAGCCCGACGGGGACAAGGAGCACAGGAAGGCGGUGCACCACUUGGUCGGCAGGAGGUUUGGAAAACUCGUGGAGACGAAAACUUUCGCUGUGGAGCACGGCGAUCAGCAGGCGAACAUGGCAAUAACGGUACGGUUCCGAGGGAAAUGGUCCAGAAAAAGGUCUGCCGAGGGUUCCCAUGAAAAACAAGAACUUUACACAGCUUUCACCCUUCAGAAAGAAAACCUAGAAACUCUGGAAGCAAUCAGCAUCUUGGCUGCUGAACUUGGAGUUCUUCCUUCAGACUUCAGUUACACUGGCAUCAAAGACAAGAAGGCCAUUACUUACCAACCUAUGGUUGUGAAGAAGGUUACUCCUGAGAGGUUGAAAGAAAUUGGAAGCAAACUGGAGAAAAAAGGCAUGAAAAUACAAAACAUACAUUCAGCAUCCCAGCACCUUAGGCUUGGUCAGCUGAAGGGCAAUCACUUUGAUAUAAUUGUGAGAGAUCUCAAACUCCACAGUCAUGACUCCUCUGCAGAUUUGAAAGAGAGAAUAUCUGAAGCAAUGGAAAAUAUUAAGACAAAAGGUUUUGUAAAUUACUAUGGACCUCAGCGAUUCGGCCAGGGACAAAAUGUUCAGACAGAUCAAAUAGGAUUGGCUCUACUGAAUGAAAAAAUGGUGGAAGCUGUGAAAUUGUUCUUCACUCCUGAAGAUACCGAUGACCCUGUAAACAAGGCAAAAAGGUACUUUCUUCAGACUGAAGAUGCAAAGGGCACACUCACGAUGCUGCCAGAAUGUAAAGUGAGAGAGAAGAUGUUGUUACGUGCUUUAAAUCGCUAUGGUGUAAAUCAUGAAGGCUGUACCAGAGGAUGGCUCAGCAUCCCUCACUCCAUGCGCAUAUUCUAUGUCCAUGCUUAUUGCAGUAAAAUAUGGAAUGAAGCAGCAUCAUAUAGGCUGGAGAUUUAUGGUUCAAAAGUUGUUGAAGGUGAUCUAGUCUUCGCUGAGGAAAAUGAUGAAAGCCUUUCCCUGAAUGACAAGGUUCAUGUUGUCACCGCUCCAGAAGAGUCAGCUAACAAAUAUUCUAUACACCAAGUUGUUCUUCCAAUGGUGGGACAUAAUAUCAAGUAUCCCAGUAAUAAGGUUGGGCAAUGGUACCAUGAAAGACUUUCCAAGGAUGAACUGCAGAUGUGCAAAUUCAGAGUGCCUUCGCUACAACUGAAUAUACCUGGAUGUUACAGACACAUUUUGAAAAAUGUUCAGAAUUUGUCAUAUUUUAUAGAAGGCAGUGAAGAAGGAAUCAAAAAUGAGGACAACCAUCUGAAUGAGUCAAAACUAUCUCUUCAUAUAUCGUUUGACCUUGACCCUUCAUGUUAUGCAACAGUCUGUCUGAGAGAAAUAAUGAAAUGUGACUUAUAACUAAUGAAAGAUUGCAGGAAUAUUAUAGCAAUUGUGAUAUUUUAUGUAUAAUGCCAAGAAAAUGAAGGAGAAUCCCACUUUUAAGCCAGAAACAUGAAAAAUUAAUAGAUUGAGAUUCAUACUGGGUGUGGAGAAAAAAGAGCUCCAAAAUCGUAGUUCCAAAAACAUUCCAAACCCAAAAUGCAAAUCCUUGUAUGCACUGGAAUUAAAAAUGCAAAGCUGUGUGUCAUGUCAGACAGGUUUAACAGAACUUAAAGAAGCUGUGAGCUGCAAGCACGAAUUUCGUUUUGUGUUGAUAUCCUACUUGCAAAGUUACAUUCUGGGAACAAAUGCAAACAAAAGUAUAUUUUAUUUCAUUAUCAUUUUUUAAAAGCUGGUUUAUGCUAAAUGUUGAAGAACAUUGAGUAGCCAUUACGUAACAAGUUUGCAGCCUACAGGUACCUAACUAAAAAGCUGCUGUACUGAGGUUCGCUAAACAUGUUUUUGUUGCAUUCAGGCACCAAGUCUGAAAAAGGUGCAAAUCCUUAAUCAACAGUAACGAGUCAUCUGGCACAUUGUCAGACAGUUGAUGAAUGCAACAAGUUAAGUUCUUGCUAAUGAUUCCAGGAUUAAGUAGCACAUAGCUUUUUAGUUAGUGCUUAUUCAAUUACUUGAUGAGGUGUUUAAUAUAAUUGCAAAAGUAUUUAUAAUAAAAACCAAACCCUGUUUUAUUGUUUACAGGAUGCAGGCUCUAUUUCUGUAAAGCCUUAUGGUGACAAAGAAUUUUUAAUGGAACCACCCCUUGGGAAAAAAA